AUGGCAUCCACAGCUCCCGAUUAUGCUAUUAACCCCGAACACUGCCUGACAGGCCGAACAACGGCUGCCCUGCUGACGGUUGUUUUUGCCCGGUCGAAAAGCACCAUCUUCGUGACAUCCACCAAAGAGGCGGCAGUUCAAGCUGCAGGAAUCGGAAACAUCAUUGCGUUGAGCCAUGGCACACUCACGGUCUCAUGUCUCGUUGGCCUCGGUGGGCCUGCUAGUCCACUCUCCUCCACUAGAGAGGCCCAGAGGCUCAUUGUGACUACUCCUGGCAAGCUCUUCAAAGAUCUCCGCAACCGCGAAAUUGUGCCCGAGGAUGUCAGUACUGUUAUCCUAGAUGAAGGCGAUACUUUGUUAGACACUGAGUCGGGUUGUGGUCAUCAUUGUCCUUUGGCUUUGCAGUCACUUUCUGCUGCAUCGCCCACUCUUCUUGUGAUCAGCAAUACCACCAUGCCUAUCCCUGCUGCUAUGCAAGCAUAUCACUCCCAGCUCGUCACCAUUGAGAGUCCUGAUCUCUGGAAGAAAAGAGGGAAUAUCAACUACUUACUCUCGCCAAAGUCGACCCGAUUCGAGGAGAUCCGCAAGCUUCUGUCUGAGGCAGGUGAUAAAAAGCCGGCUACAACACUCCUAGCAGCUGAGACUAUUGCCCAAGCCGAGAGCCUGCAGAAGUUUCUUGGGAAUAAAUUUACGCUGGUGCAUUCCAGGCUGCUCGAUGAUGUCAGGUUUGAGCGUGUGACACAGUUCAAUAAGGGACAGAUCUCACUGAUCGGCUGCCGGGUCCCCUCUUCUGGCCCGGAACUAGCCGUGGCUCAACUCGUGAUGUUCUUCGAGCCACCGGCCAGAUGGGGUGAUCUGGCAGAUCUGCUGGAGAAACUUGAUGACCACGGUAAUCUGUAUAUCUGCUACGAUCCCGAGAUUUUAGAGGAAACCAAUCGAAUUCGCGCCGUCCAAGCCAACUUUGAGAGUGCCAAGAAGGGACAAAUGAUCACCAAUCAGUCCGGGGGCCGGCGACUGGACCCAAUUCGGAGGGUCCCGGUGACUGGUAUCCCAAGGAGGCGGCCCAGUGGUUCCCUGUCCAGGAUAGAACUUUCUAAGACGGCGGUGCCAACGGACGACGGAGGUAUUUCGACUUCGAAAGUGCCGCACUAG